AUGGCUUCGGCUUUGCCCUCUCUUGAGGGCCCUGUUAUCCGCAUCCGAAUGGAUGUGGCGGAGCAGCACUUACCUCCCGCUGUGCUGCAGCUGCUGGCUCUAGGGAGGGAGACGGAUGCGGCCGACUCAGCAGCAGCACCAUCAGCAGCAGCAGCAGCAGCAGCAGCAGCGCCAGCAGCAGCGCCAGCAGCAGCAGCAGCAGCAGCAGCAGCAGCAGGCGAAGCAACCUUUAGCGUAGGUGCGUUUGUACGAAAAGUCAGUGGAGAGGGGCCUGAGGCCCUGGGGCACCGACUGCAGCAGCUGGAGGAAGCAACAGCAGCUCUAGACGACAACAUACGCAGCGAGCUCUCAGCGCACCUGGGCUCCCUUAUGCCGGGGGUUGCAUACUUUGCUGAACUCAUGCAGCCCAGCAGCAGCAACAGCAGCAGCAGCACCAGGAACAGAAGUAGCAGCAGCAGCAGCAGCAGCUCUGCAGGCGCUCACUUGCAGCAAGCAGCAAGCCUUGAGGGAAGCGGCGAGCUGAGCAGCAGCAGCAGCAGCAGCAGCAGCGCUGCUGAGAAGGAAUCUGCCAGCUGCUGCACGGAGCAGCUGCAGCAGCAAAUUAGCUGCAUAUCUAACGAGGUGCAGCAGCUGCAGCAAUUGACGCAGCAGAAAGCAGCAGACUUGGAGACUGCUGUGAAUGAGGCAGACAGGCUGCUGCAGGCUGAGGAGGCAGUGCUGUGUGCUCUGAAUUUUUUGCAUUGCUUAAAGAAGCUGAGAGAAGAGAGUGCAAGUCAUAAGAAGGCCGACUACCUAGUCAAGCUGGAAGCAAUGGUUGCUGAGGCGGAAGCUAGCAGCAGCAGCAGCAGCAAGGGAUCAGCAGCAGCAGCAGCACUGCUACGACUCAAAUGCAUGCAGCCGGCGCUGCAGCAGAUGAAGCAGCUGGGCCAGGAGAUCCGCAGCAAACCAAAGGCUUUGCUGCAGGAGUCGCUGCAGCAGCGGGUAUACAGCAGCAGCAACAGCAGCACAAAGAGCAGCACAAAUAGCAGCACAAAUAGCAGCACCAAUAGCAGCAGCAGCACCGCCAAGAGCAGCAGCACCAACAGCAACAGCAACAGCAACAGCAGCAGCAAGAGACUGCAUGACGUAGUAGGCGUUGCUGACAGCUUAAAAUGUCUCUUCGCGCUGCAGCAGCAGCAGCAAACGCUGGAGGCUGUGCUGCAGCAGCUAGCAGCAGAUGCAUGCAAGCCGCUGCCAGCGGAGGCGCUGCGCGCUGCUGCUGCUGCAGCGAUCGCUCCUGGCAGCCCCAAGGCCUGCGCUGCACCGGCAGCAACAGCAGCAGGUGCAGCAGGGAGCCAGCACCCAGCAGCAGCAGCUGCUGCUACGUUUUGCGAGUCUCUUCUCUCUCGCGGCAGCGGCAGCAUUUCUCUGGUGCUGUCUAGCCCGGACUUGUCUCCCCUUCUGGACGCAACGAUGGGGGAGUGGAUGCAGCAGAGAGGUUUUGUUUCUUCUGUUGCAGCUGAGCUGCUGCGCAGGGUGUCUGUACACCUGAAAAGCUGCUACAAACUACUGACAGCCCGCAGCAGGCCGCUGCAGCAGAUGCUGCAGCAGCUGAGUCAGCAGCAGCAGCAACAGCAACAGCAGCAGCAACAGCAGCAGCAACAGCAGCAAGAGCAGCAGCAGGAUCACGUGCUCGCAGAGUACAGGGCUGCAGCACGUCAUCUGCUGCUGCAGCAAAACGUUGAGGAAGCUGCUGCUUGGUGUCUGCCUCAGUUGUUUGCUUUUGCUGCACAGCCAUACAGUAGGGGAGAAAAACGACAUCUCUGCACUGCUGCUGCUGCUGCUGCUGUUGCUGCUGCUGCUGCUGCAGCAAAAUCUCAGGAGACGCAGUUGAUGGGCAGCCUGAAGGAGUUGAUUGCGGUGUACAGACAGCGCAUUAGCAGCAUUCACGAGGACAUGCUGCAGCUGCUGUUUUCUGCUGAUUUGCUGCAGCAAGCGCAGCAAGAGCAGCAGCAGCAGCAGCAGCAGCAGCAUCCUAGCAGCAGCAUGCUGCAGAAGGUUCGCAGCAACAGCAGCAGCAGCAGCAGCAUUGUGCUUCCUACUGCAGGCGACCUUCGUGCUUUCUUGCGUCAGUUGUUGCAGCAUCUUGCUGCUGCUCAGGUAGCGGGAGAGCCGCUGCUGCAGGAGGCUUCCGCUGCAUGCGACAGUUCUUUAUUUUUGUUAACGUGGCUCUCUGUCCUUCAAAUACCCGCAGCAGCAGCUGAGCCUCCUUCUCUCUUUGAUAUGCCGCAGCAGCACAACGCUUCCGCUGCAUGCGACAGUUCUUUAUUUUUGUUAACGUGGCUCUCUGUCCUUCAAAUACCCGCAGCAGCAGCUGAGCCUCCUUCUCUCUUUGAUAUGCCGCAGCAGCACAACCGGACUGCUGCUGCUGCUCGUCUCUCUCUGGCUAGGAGCUACAGUCUCUUUUCUUUGCUGCUGCAGCGCACAAAACAAGCAGCUCAGAAGGGACCCGACAGCCCUGAGGGCGCAGCAGCAGCAGCGCUGCAAACCCUCAAAGCCUUUAAGGAGAUGGAUACUGUGAAGAGGGCUUUGAUGAGGGACUGGUUUUUGGGGCCUCCUCUAACUCAGGUGUAUCAGCAGGUGUUUGCUGUUUUGCCUAUCGAGGUGCAGCAGCUAGAGCAGCAGCAGCAGCAGCAAGUAGAGCUGCGGUGUACGCGCUUGUUUGAGAGGGCCGUGCUGCAGCUGAAGCAGCAGUAUCUCUCGCUGCUGCCGCCGCCGCUUAGCGACAUCGAAGCGAAGGGAGUUUGUGUUUAUCUGCUGCAGGGGAUCGUAGCAGCAGUGUGCCUCAGUGCAGCACAUAGGGAGGAGCAGCGAGCAGCACUUGCUUGUAUGUUAGCGGAGACAGAAGGUUCUCUGUCUCUAACUUACUCGCAGCUGCAUGUACACCUGAAAAGAGACAGCGAAAUGCUCGGCAGAGCGCGCCGCCUGCUGUCUCUAUCCACCCCACAUCUCUUAACUGAGCUUGCAGUGCUGCAGCAACAGCUGCAGCAGCAACAACUGCAGCAGCAACAGCAGCAGCAGCAGCAGCAACAGCAGCAACAGCAGCAGCCGACUUGCGCGUUGAUGCCGCCGCUGCUGGCAGCAGUUCAUGUGCUGCAGCGGGUGCACGUCAGCAGCACUCUCGCGCUGCAGCAGCUUGUGGGGCUCAGCGACGAGCAGCUGCUGCUGUCUGCUGCUGCGUAUUUAAGGCACUGGCAAGAGACAGGGGAGGAGACAGGCGGGGCCUCUGCUGCUGCUGCUGCUGCUGCUCCUUCUGUUGCUGCUGGGGCAGGGAUGGUCGCGGAGGCUGCUGCUGUCCCCUUUGCUGCUGUCGUUGCUGCAGCCACCACAGCGCUUAGAGUGGGCUGUACGUACACCCUAGAGCAGCAACUGCAGCAGCAGCAGCAGCAGGCACUUCCUGGUGUAAGUAAGACUUCGGCAGCAGCAGCAUGUGGGGCCACACACACUGCUGCAGCAGCAGCAGCAAAGGGAGAAGUGCGGCAGCAGCACAGUAGAUACGCUCUCACGUGGAUGCUGCUGCUGCUGCAAGUGAAACGCCCUGCGGCUGUGUCUCUAGCAGCAGCAGCAACAGCAGCAGCAGCAGCAGCAGCAGCGGGGGGUGAGGCAGCGGGGCGGCAUUCUCUAAGGUCCAGUGGCAGCAGCACUCCAGCGAUGCCUCCCCCUGGGAUAUUGUCUUCUCCCCCACAAGCCGACUGUCUGGGCGCCUCACUCCCUCCCCAAAUCGCCUUUUUGCUGCAACCCGAGCAGCAGCAGCAGCAGCAGCAGCAGCAGCAGCAGCAGCAAAAGCAGCAGCAGCAACUGCAACGACAACAGCAGCAGCAGCCAAAGCAGAAUGCUACCCUCCCCCUCGUCUAUCAGCGCUUCCAGCUGCAGGUGGAGCAGGAAGAGGUGGAGUUGCUGCCGUCGCUGCAGCAGCUGCUUAAAGAGCGCAACGAAGCAACAGCAGUAGCAGCAAGGCAGCAGCAACUAGAAAGCAUUCGGGUUGAGCUGCAGCUGCAGCAGCACUCCCAAAAUGAUGAUGCAGAGGCACGCUCAGCUACAACCCCCCUGCAAUCUCAACAAGAGACAAACGGCAGCAGCUCUGCUGUCCUAGGAGAGACAGACAGCAGCAAAGAUGAAGCUGCAGCAACUCCCGUUGUUGUUGCUGCUGCUGCUACACCAGCAGCAGCAACAGCAACACCAGAAGCAACGCCUUGUGCUGCUGUCAGUGAAUGCAUCCCUCAAACAAUCAGCAGCAGCAGCAGCAGCAACAGAACAACGAGCCCCGCGUCGGCAGCAGAACCAACAGCAGCAACACCGGAAGCAGCAGCAGCAGCAGCAGCAGCAGCAGCAGAGUACAAAGAAGAUGAAUUUCCCUCCGAUUCCCCGUCUCAGCAAAACGAAGCACCGCACAGGUGGCAGCAGCAACAACAGAAGCAGAAGCAAGAGCAGCAGCAGCAACAGCAGCAACAGCACCAACAGCAGCAUGACAGCCUUCAGCAGCUGCAGCAAUGCGAAGUGUACGCGUAUGACGACGUAUACAGGCUGCACACCGCAGAGCAGCAGCACCAGCAGCAGCAGCAGCAGCGACAGCAGCCACAGCAAAGGCGGCUGCCUUCUGCCCUGGAGGUUGACGUGCAGCAGAAUGCAUUUUAUGCAGGCAGCAACUACAGCGAAAACGGCUGCAGCAGCAGCAGCAGCAGCAGCAGCAGAAGCUGCCGCUACAACUAUUAUGAUGCUCCGUCUCUGUUGAUGGGAGACAAGCCGUGGGUGCAGCAGCAGCAGGAGCUGCACGAGUGGAAGCCUGCAGCAGUAGCAGGAGAAGCAGCAGCAGAAGCAGCAGCAGCAACAAGAAAAGCACCACGAGCUUGUGCUGCAGCUGAGCAGCAGAAGCUGCAGAGCCUGCUACAGCUGCAGCAGCCCCUUCAGAAAGGGACAAGGCAGCCCAGGCAGCAACAGCUGCUGCUGCAGCAACAGCAAGACAGUCUGCUGCUGCAGCAGCAGCAGCAAUGUCCGCCAGACGAGGACCCCGGGGAACAGCAUUUGCUGCAGCAGCAGCAGCAGCAACAGCAACAGCGCGUGCCCUGCGGUGCAGAAGACAACACUUGGCUUCCUUGCACAACAUGGCAGCAGCAACAGCAGCAGCAGAAGCAGCAGCAACAACAGCUGGAGCAGCUGGAGGAGCUGGAGCAACGGGGUGGUCAGCACAGGCAGAAGCUGCAGCUCGCAACAGAGCAGCAACAGCAGCAGCACCAGCGGCAGCAACAGCAGCAGCAUGACUACCACCAGAGGCAGCGUAGAAGGGAACAGCAGCAACAGCUGCAGCAACAGCUGCAGCAACAACAGCAUCACCGGCAACAGCUGCAGCGGCAACAGCUGCAACAUCAACAGCUGCAGCGGCAACAGAUGCAACAGCAAACGCUGCAGCAGCAACAGCUACAGCAGCAGCAGCUUCAGCAGCAACACCUGCAGCAGCAGUGCUUCAGGCAGCAGCGGCGCUCCCGGCAGGGCAGCGAGCAGCAGCAGCAGCAGCUGCGGCAGCUGCAGCAGCAACCAGCAGAACAAUUGUAUGGCGUGCCCUCAAGUCCUCUUGACUGGGAGGAGCAUCAGUACUUCGGGCAGCAGCAACAACAGCAGCAACAGCAACUGCAGCUGCAGCACAAGCAGCAGCUGCAACUGCAGCAGCGGCAACGGCAGCUGCAGCUGCAGGCAGAAGAAGAAGAGGUGAUGCGGGAGCAGCAGAGGGAGAUGCUGCUGCACCAGGAAGCAGCAGCAGCUCAGCAGCACUGGCAGCAGCACGGGGAGAGACUGCUCCUGGAAGCUGCAGCAGCAGCGAAAAAGAAGAGGGAGCAGCAGCAACAGCAGCAGCAACAACAGCAGCAGCAGCUGCUGCUGCACGAAUCAGCAUUUACUAAAUACAGUGCUCUGAUGCAAAGGGGAGAAGGAGUCGUAGGAUCCCGUCAACAGCAGCAGCAGCAGCGGCAGCGGCAGCAGCAGCAGCCACCGCAACAGCAGGAGCAACAGUGGCAGCAGCAGCAGCAACAGCAGCAACACUAUACUCACCGAAGCGAGCAGCAUAAGAGACGCAUGCAACCACAACGCCAGCAGCAAUUUCGCUAG